AUCUGUGGCAUUUACAUUAUUUGCGUGAUGGUGUACGGUUUGACUUUUUGUUUGACGUAAAUUAAUCGUGGUGUAGUAAAUAUGGCUGACGAACUCAAUGUUGACAGUCUUAUUCACAGACUUUUAGAAGUAUACACACUGCAACAGGAAACAGCAAGGCGAAAAGGCAAAUUGAAAGACAUCUUUUCGGGAGAAUUUCGAGGAUGCAGGCCAGGGAAGACAGUACAGAUGUCCGAGUCAGAGGUGCGUGGUCUUUGCACCAAAUCGCGGGAGAUAUUUCUUCAGCAACCGAUAUUACUGGAGCUGGAGGCACCAUUAAAAAUUUGUGGUGAUAUUCAUGGACAGUACACAGAUUUGCUACGUCUCUUUGAAUAUGGAGGAUUUCCACCGGAAGCCAAUUAUUUAUUUUUAGGCGACUAUGUUGAUCGUGGGAAGCAAUCUCUUGAGACCAUAUGCCUUCUGCUUGCAUACAAAAUAAAGUAUCCGGAAAACUUCUUUCUGCUGCGAGGCAAUCAUGAAUGUGCAAGUAUAAACCGUAUUUAUGGUUUCUAUGAUGAGUGCAAACGUCGAUACAACAUAAAGCUGUGGAAGACAUUCACGGACUGCUUCAACUGCCUGCCGAUAGCGGCCAUCAUUGACGAGAAGAUAUUCUGCUGCCAUGGCGGCCUGUCGCCCGACCUGCAGGGCAUGGAGCAGAUCAGACGGAUAAUGAGACCGACAGAUGUCCCCGAUACAGGUUUGCUGUGUGAUCUGUUGUGGUCCGACCCCGACAAGGAUGUGCAGGGCUGGGGCGAGAACGACCGCGGCGUGUCCUUCACCUUCGGCCCCGAUGUCGUCAGCAAAUUUCUCAACAGACAUGAUUUGGACUUAAUUUGUAGAGCUCAUCAGGUGGUUGAGGACGGAUACGAAUUCUUUGCAAAGCGUCAGUUGGUGACUUUGUUCUCGGCGCCCAACUACUGCGGCGAGUUUGACAAUGCUGGUGGUAUGAUGUCCGUCGACGAGACACUCAUGUGCUCUUUCCAGAUAUUGAAACCAUCUGAGAAGAAAGCGAAAUAUCAGUACAACGGCAUCAACAGCGGCAGACCGGCCACGCCGCAGAGGUCGCCUCCCAAGAAGAAAUAACUGACGUUUGGUAUCCAGUGUGCUGCACAGUGAGACGAAUGCUACAACAUAUAUUUAAUUAUAUCAACUAUUUUAAUUAAUAUGUUUAACGUAGUCAACAGCGGAGCCGAAUAAAAUGUCAACGUUGAGAAAUUAUUUAUCAAUUUGCUUGUGCCUUCUUGUUUUUAUUUUGUAAUGUAGCGAGUGAUAUUAAUUUACUUAUUUAGUUAACAGAGUUUAUUAAUGUCGAGAUGUGUGAUGUUUUAUUCGGCGAUGUUUUCAGACUACAGCUUUUUCGAUCCCUGAACAUUAGCUUCCAUUGGAUGCGAGUUGAGUUGACGUCACCUUAUUGAUAUUGUAGACAAAUUGUUACGUUGAUGUUGAACUUAGGAUAGUUCCGAAUGAUGCGGGCAUUGGACACGAGGCGUCACAUUGAAUAUAUUAUAUAUUGUUUAAGUUGUAGUGGAUCCAAAGCACUCCGCUUUGUCUAUCAUUGUGUAACUAAUGUGCCUACGACUGUAAAGUAUACAUAGGUCUCGGUAUAAGUGACGAUUAUUGGUUCGAUUAAAAAAAUUCUAGUUUAUUAAAAUGAAGAAUUCCCUUUCUUUCGAAAAAUUUAGUCAUAAUAUAUGUUUUGUUUAGUUUUAAAUAAUGAUUUUAUUUAUUUCAAAAAGGAACAUGCUUUGAAGCUGGCCUAAGACGUGGUAAAGACUUCAUCUGACGUAGCUGGUUUUUCAGUUAGGACUUCAUUGCAGCUCACUAGAUAUUUAGCGGGUGUGUGCCGAUGCUCCCAGUGAAAUUAAUGUUAAUUUGCACUCAGUAUUAAUUUUUAAUAUGAAAUAAGUAGAUGGUUGGAUAAAUUUUGGCAGAUUGGCAAGUCCGCCCCACUGAGGCUAUAUCUUCAAUUUGUAGUAAGUCUGAAAAUGCCGCAAUGGAUGUAACAGUGGUAGAAGCAGUGUAGUCCUCGCAACAAUAGUGCAAUUGCUAUCUUAUUACGAUAUAUUUAAAUUAUAUGCAGGUUUUGCGUUGUAC